ACUUUUGGAACGGCUAUCAUUGGAUAACCACUCAGUGCAUAUACUUUCGGAACGAAUUAUGGUAACCAAGGUUAGAUUUUGAAACGUACCCCUGAGCGGAGGAAGAAAUUUGGAAGCUCGCGAUCUUUGGCCCCGUCUUACUGGCCGAGACCUCGAAUGCCUCGAAAUCUAAGACUUCUACGAAAUCUAAGAACAUGAAUCCGAACUCAACCGGGCGUAGAUCGUCCACUAAUCCCGUGCGAAUAUCCAUGCUCGACAGGGAGGACAAGAACUCGGCGUGGAACGACCGGCGGAAGACGCAAACGAAGUCGAAGGGAAUGUCGAUAGGCGAGGUUUCUCACAUUCCUAGGCCUCGUGUUCGAAGUUUCUCGAGCGACCGAGCGAGCGGCAGGGCAUCUUAUUUAAAAAUUACAGGCAAAACUCCACUGCAUCAACCAACAACUCCGGUUACACCUGCGAGAACCUCUAUCAAGCCUAAUCUGUCAACCUCAGCAGCUUCGUGCUCAGGUAGACUUCAUGCAUUACCAACUGGUCGGUCACCAUCCGCUGAGCGUGCUGGCAAUAUGGGAGUCAAGGUUCCUAAAAAGGACACGAGACCCUUGACGGACAAGUCUUAUCAGGCAACAUUGCUUGCCAACAUAGACAAUUUUUUCCACACGAAUGAAUGCUCAGAUAUACUGGACAGAAGUGGUAGUUUAAAGCCAAUUACAUUGAAGAUAUUUGUAGAGGCUUCUAAUCAUCUCCUGAAAUUCUUUAAGAUCAAGCAGGAGCUCACAAUCUUGAACUAUGUUGAGGAACUACCACGAAUCGCGAAGCAGUUGCAUUAUCCUGGAGUGAUGACCAAGUCAUGGCUGAAAACUGCUAAUGCGAUGCAUUCGUGGCCUUCCGUUCUCGGCUGGAUCGGCUGGCUGGUAGAAGCAUGCCAAGUGCAAGAAGUUGCUUUCGACAGGUUCCGACAGUUGGAGUCGCUGCCCUUUGUGGGAACAGAACAACAGAUGCAGAGCAGCAGGAUGGAGUUUCUGGCGUUAUUGGAGUGCUAUGAAAUGUGGAAUGAGGAGAAACUCGAUGAGGAAACUGAAUUAUUGGAGAAAUAUCUGCGAGAUAUCGAGGCUCAAUGGGGCAUCAGUGAGAAAGACGUUGCGCUGGCACGCAGAGAGCUGGAAGAAGAGACUCGAAAAUUACAGACGGUCGAGAGGGAGUCGAUGGAAGUUGAUGAGGAGAUUGAGCGUUUGCAGACGAUGUUGUCUUCUUUACAGGCUAAGGAAUCGAAGCAAGUGAAUGAUAUUGCGACAAAAGAGAAGUAUAUAAAGCAGCUGACCGCCGAGACAGAUCAGCUGGAUACUGAGCACAAGAUGUUAAACAACCAGGUUCAACAGCUGAAUAAGCAGCAGAAAGAGUUGCUGACAAUCGUGAAGGAUCAGCCUAUGUCUAAGGCCGAGAAAGAGAAAAUUGUGCAGAAGUGCACAGAGGUACAGAAUUUCAUACACGGCUUCGACGAGCACCUCAAAGAUUACCAAAAGGAGUUGUAUACUUUGGACAUUAAGUUGGCGUCCAUCAACAAUAAUCUCAAUAAAAUGGUGUUAGCGUACAACAAGGAGGUCUUCAUGUACGUCGACAACGACGUCGGUAUGGACUUCAACGAGCUGAGGUUGCCGGAGAAAGGACUGUUGGACCCACGUAUAAUGGAGGUGCUGGAGGAGAAGAUCGCUCUGGUGAGGAGCCUCAAGGAGUCACUGAAGAAACAAUGCGACGAAACGACAUCGCUGAUUUCCUCGAGUACUAUGGAGCUGGAAAACUUGCAGGAGAGGAUGAAAUCUCUGGCGAACGACAACCAGUUAAGCGAGGAGAAAUCGCACGUGGACAAGAUAAAGGCAAACGCGAAGAGGGAGAAGGCCGAGUUGAUGGAACAGAUAGAGGCGCGUAAGAACGAGAUCAAGGAGAUUCAGGACAUGAUACCGGAUGACCAAGCGAUUGAACUUGAGAUAAAAGAGGCGCAGGAGAAACUUGACGCGGUCGUUCGAAGGAUGACGUUCCUCGAGGAAGCCGGCAAGCGAUUCUUCGACGAAUUGUAUCAGAUCCUCGGCGAGCACAGAAAAGAGCUGUACAGUCUAUUGGCGAAAAACGGGAAGUAGCAUCGCGUCUCCAUAAUGUAAGGACGAUAAUGUGAUGUUAUGACUUUGCCUCGCCUGGGGACUGGGGGGGGGACCGUCUUGUGAUAACAGGCGCAUUAAUGUGUAAUUAUUAUGUACAAAAGUUUUAUUUUAAAUAAUGCAUUUUAUAAACGUAUACCCGAAAGAGUUCUCUCUUUCUCUCUCUCUCCUCUUCCUCGCUCGACUGUCGUUCAAUCGUACGAACAAAAUAGACACGCAUGUCCCCGCGUGUCCUCUUCGUCAAAU